AGGAAUGAGGAAGUAGGAAAGUGGGUGGAAUACAAUGAAAUACGAUGUUCCAGGAAGUCGGGUCUUAGAAACAUUUCCUGAGGUGUGGAGAAGAGAACUACAGACUCCAACAUUUCCAUAGAGAAGGUGAGUGAGAGACGGAACAUUUCCAUAGAGAAGGUGAUGUCAUCUCGGGUCAUCUUCUGAUGUCAUGGCGACCUCUUCCUCCUCCUCCUCACAAGGGUCGGCUCCUGGUGUCCUGGGAAAGAGGAAACAAACCCCCGGGGAUCUUAUCAUAGAUUCUCUGGAGGAUCUGAAAGGAAGUGACUUCAAGAGAUUUAGGAACAAAUUGUCUGAUUUCUCCUAUGGAGAUAAACGUCCCAUCCCCCGAGGAAAACUAGAAAAUGCAGACUGGAUCACCACCAAGGAUCUCCUGAUAGUCACAUAUGGAGAAGAAGGGGCUCUGGAUGUCACCAUUGAUGUCCUUACACUGAUCGGUCUGAUGGGACCCGCAGAUGACCUCCGGGAGAGGAGAGCACAACAUGCCAAACUGAAGAAGACGACACAUGAGAAAACAUUAUCAGACAUCAGUAAGGAACACAGAGAGUCUGAGAAGUUCCAGAGGAUUAAAGAAUAUAAUUCCCGUAUGGGGGAGGCUGUUCAUCUACAGGAAAUAUUCACAAAGUUAUUGAUGAUAAUCGGACCCCAGAAUAAAGAGGGAAAAGAAGAAGAAAUAAGGAGUUCAGGGAGAAGACAUCUACAGAACAUGGAGAAAAGACCCCCAACCACAAUCCCGGCCCUCUUUGACCCUGAUAAAUGUGGGUUCACCCCUAAGAUUGUUGUGUUACAAGGAGCUGCUGGGAUUGGGAAAACAAUGACCUCCAAGAAGAUCAUGCUGGACUGGGCCUCUGAGGAACUCUACCGAGACAAGUUUGACUUUGUGUUUUAUCUGAGCUGUAGAGAAAUCAACACCAUCCCUGGAGACAUAAGUCUUGUGGGACUUUUAUCCAGAACCUGCAGACUGAGUUCAGGUGACCUGGUGUCUAUUCUGGAGGAUCCUGGAAGUCAGAGAAAACUUCUCAUCAUAGUUGAUGGGUUUGAUGAACUGAGGUGGACUCUGAAGGGGAAAUCUGUGGGUUGUCCUGACAUUUUUAUGGAAACCCACAAAGAAAUAAUUCUCCAAAGCUUGCUCAGGAGACAGGUUCUCCCAGAAUCCUCUCUGAUCAUCACCACAAGGACACUGGCCAUGGAGAAACUUAACACAUUCAUUGAUGAUUCUCGCAAUGUGGAAAUCCAGGGAUUUACAAGGGAAGAUCGGGAGGAAUAUGUCCAUAAAUUCUAUGGAAAUAAAGAAGAUGCAGACAAGGUUCUCCGUAUAAUAAAAGACGAUGACGUUGUGUACACCAUGUGUGCCGUCCCCAUCACAUGCUGGAUUGUCUGCACUGUAAUGAAACAAGAAAUAAGAAAAGAUUUGGCUUUAAUUCGGUGUCAUACGACGACUUCAAUUUACCUUCUCUACCUGGAGGUUUUACUAAACCAUCACAGCAAGAAGGAGCCGUCUGUACCCAGGAAACAAUCCUGUCUGAAGAAGCUGUGUGCUCUGGCCAAUCAGGGACUUCUGAACCAACAAAUCUUAUUUGAGAAGAAAGAUCUAGAAAGACAUGGACUUUCUCUGGAUGAGGUGGAGUCUGUAUUUCUGAAUGAGAACAUCUUUCAUUGGGACGUCCGAACCCAGACCUGCUACAGCUUCAUCCACCUGAGUGUACAGGAGUUCCUUGCUGCUCUCUAUUAUGGGAUGGAUGAUGGGUCUGGGUCUAUGGAAGGGACUUUCCUCCCGGAGAUCUGUGAAGGGCCAUCACUCCGUGACCUCAGAUCAGAUCACUCACAUUUAUUAUUAUCUGUACAAUUCCUGUUUGGUCUCUUAAAUGAAAAUCAGGUGAAGACAUUCUCAGAGAUCACAGGAAUCCCCAUCUCACUCCGAGCCAAACCUGCAAUCAUAGAAUGGGCCAUGAAGGGCAACAAUCAGAGAUUCUAUACUCCGACCAUCUUCUGUCUGUAUGAGACUCAGGAUAAGGACUUCAUUAGGAGAGUCAUGUCUGGAUGUACAGAUUUGGAUCUGUGCGGCUCAUAUGCUGGUCACUUGUGGAUGGACAGGAAUUAUUCCAAGCAGCUGAACUAUUGCUUGAAGACUUUGAAGAGAGAAAGUUUUCAGUCUUUAGAAUUUGGAUUUCUCACUGUGGGUCCCGAGUGCCAGAAACUUCUCUCUCCAUUCCUACACAGGAGUCAGAAGGUCAGAUUUCAUCAUUGUAAUAUUUCCAGUAAAGAUUGUCCGGGAGAGGACAAAGCAGAAGAAGAAGAUUCCUCCUCUUCAGGAUAUAAAAGGAAGUGUGAUUCUCUUUCCUUUCUGAUGAAUCCGGAGAGUAAAAUUCAGGAAUUGGUGUAAGAGAAAUGUGUGAUCUGCAGUGAUGGGGAAAUGUGACGUCUUGUGAUUGUUCCCGUCUCUCAGUGUCUCCUUCUUUUUCUGGGUGUCCUCCAUCCUCACCCAUGUAGAAUCUUCCAUCACCUGUCCUCUUCUCAUGUCUUCUCCUCUCUCUGAGGGAAUCUUUCUCUUUAUAAUCUCAUCCAUGGGAUUUGGGGUUCCCCUUAUAGUAGAACAGUGACCAGGCUCUGUACAUAUGGAAUGACCCUCCAUAUUCCUAACAAGCAGGAAAUAGGAUGGAAUAGAAACCCUUCGGACUCGCUCACACGUGUGAUGAUGAUGAAGAAGGAAGCAAUGCUCAGUAACACUUCUAUGACAUUUAUGAUGUGUCUUCAUUGUGUUUAUGAAGCUCUGAAAACACUAUAAGAAUGCUGGAUAAAUGUCCGGGGGAGGGGUUGCUCUUCUAGUGGGAGGAGCCUAAAGGGGAAGUGAUGUAGAGGAAAUGAUCUCCUCUGAUAUGUGGCUUUCGGAU